AUGAAGGCUUACUCUGUAGUCCUCCUUUUCACAGCUAUGGCAUGCGCUGCUCCGCUCGCAUUUGAGAGCCGUGGCAGCCCAGUCCCACCUCUGUUUGAUGGCGGUGUAGACUCAAAGCGAGGCAGCCCAGUCCCACCUCUAUUCGAUGGUGGUGUAGACGCAAAGCGUAGUAGCCCCGUACCACCUUUGUUCGACGGUGGCGUGGACAGAAAGCGUGCUAGUCCAGUACCACCUUUGUUCGAUGGUGGUGUAGAAUCAAAGUAAGGGGUCCUCUUUCCACCCGUGUUCGAUCCCGGGGUGGCAACAGACUAGGAGAUGAUGCUGGAGCAUGGGUACCUUGACAUCUCAGAAUACAGGCGCACUAGUAUGAAUAGAGAUGAAUGGUUGUUUUCAUUACGUUCUUAUGUGAAGUUCAAG